AUGGACGACGUCGAUGCGGACGAGGAGGAGGAAGAGGAGGAGGACCAAGAUCCCGCCGAGGGCGAAGAACCACGUCAGAGAAAGAAGCGGCGGCGUGGUGGCAAGCGGCGCACAGCAGCGAAGCAGAGAUUUUUAGCUGCGGAGGCAGAGCGCCGAUUCAGAGAGGAACACGAACAGCUUGGCCAACAGCUGUUCGGUGAUGUUGAUCAAAACCUGCAUGAUAUCAUCAGGCUGCGUCCCGACGUCGCCAGGGGGGAGACUUCUACAAUUGGAAGGAGUAUCAACAUGUCGGGCAGCAACGCGCACACUAACGCCACCGCAGGCGCGGCCUCAUCAACUACCUAUGUGAACUACAAUGAUCAUCUGCUGAAUAUGCCUCCGAGAGCCUCAACCUCCUCCGGAAGUACAACGGGCUACGAAGUCUUGUAUCGAAACAACUACUACGACGGUUCUUCGCACAUCACCAGUAGACACGGAUCUGCCAUUGUGCCUGCUGCUUCAACAGCUUCAGCUUCUCCUCACGCUCAACACCAGAAGAACCAGUCAAGUGGCGGUAAAGGAGCGAAAGGGAUGAUGGCGCCCGAGGGUCGUGGAUAUAAUUAUGGCCCUCCGGGAGGUGCCGCGACCACAGUAGACAGGUACCGCACCACUCCUGCCCGUGAUGAUCCCCAAUCGAGUUCCGCUAGUGCUUCACGCAACUACCCAUAUGCAAGCUCAGACGCUCCUGCGUAUACAACUAGCAAUUCCAACUACAACGCCAGCAGUUCCUACAGUAGCACUGGUGCUAUGAAGAACUGGAGCAGCAGAGCUACUUACGAGAAUCCCGGAAGAGGCAGCCGCCAGCGUGGUCAAGAAGAUCAGCAAGACAGCUCAGCGAUGCAGAAUGACCCACGUUUCAUCCACCUUCAAUCAGAAGCAAACCGUAUCAAUGCGCUGCAACAUCAAAUGCAGCGAGGCGGCGCGGCCACGGUGCAACAUUCUAAAAGAGGUGUUGUGCCAGCAGGAGGAGCGCCAGCAGAUGAAUCAGAUCAUCAAGACAAAGACUCGCAGCAACAAGCGACAAACAGGAACUGGAACCGCUGGAGCAAUCACGGCUACACGAAGACCCAGCAGCAGCGACAGCGUGACCAUCCACAAACCCGGCAGAUCAUGGACAAUCAGAACAACGCACAGGCGAGGUCCGCGGCACCCUUUUUCAGCAAUUCAGCGUACGAAACUGAGCAGUACACGACAAUGCCUCGCGAACAUUAUCGCGCAGGAGGCGACGCGGAACUUAGUGGAGGUGGCACAACAACCGCACAGCAGCAAACGCAAAUAAACCGAGGCACUUUACCCUUCCCGCCGGCAGUAGAUCCGCGGUUCGUAAUUUUAUCCGGACCUACUUCCGUUGCGCCUGCUCUUGUGGCGGCACCAGCCGCGACGUCGAACAACUUGCAAGUGAGCCAGCAACAACAGUUGCAGCAGCCCAUUUCUGUGAUCUUAUCGAGCCCCAUUGUCGGUGCGGGCCCACCGUCAGCUGCAAUGACAACUUCGACAACUGGAGGUGCGAUCGGUUAUUCCGGGCCCGCAGGCGGACCUCCGGCGAGUACCACAGCGCGACCAUUUUUGUACAAUUUGACCGAUGAGCAGCGAGCGUUACUCAAUAUGACCCAGCAGCAGCGCCAGGAAAGGGCAGUUCAGGACGGCGCUCACGAAGAUGGGGACUUCAGUACGAUCAACGCAGGGAUGUUUUUUCCGCCAUUCCAUCCGCAGGAAUAG